UAACAUCUUUUUAUGAAUGAAACACAUUUAGUGUGAAAUAUUUAUGGACAGUUUCUUUGUCCUUGUAAUGAAAGUAGAAAAAAGUAGUUUUGAUGUAAAUCUUUGUGUGUGUUUGCAGCAGUGGAGUUUUGUUGGUCAGGGAUCAGGACUGUGUUACGUUCACUUGUUUUCCAGAUUCUGUUCUAUCACUUUUUGUACAGAGCCAAAAAUCACAACACCAGUUUCCUCCCAGAGCUUCACACAGUUGUAGAUUUAACACAAACAACAAUGAAACAGUCGAGAAAAGACACACACAGACCAACUGAAGCUGUAAAAUGGAAAUAUUUCAUUCCUAAAUACAAGUUGUGAUUUAUAGAAAUGAAAUAGAAACAUAAAUGUCCCUGAAGAAGUUUGAAUCUUUUAAACUGUUUUGUUUCUGUUUCAGAUCAACAUCUUGAUCAGUGGAUGUACGGCUGUGACUGGGACGAUGAAACUAAUGAGAUCAAAGGAUAUGAUCAACGUGCUUUUGAUGGAGAAGAUUUUAUUUCUUUUGAUUUUGAGACUGAAACUUUUGUGGCUGCAAAACAACAGGCCUUUGUCACCAAACAGAAAUGGGAGAGCAGUGGAGUUGCUGCUCAAAAGAAAAACUACAUCAUUCACAUCUGUGCUGAUUAUCUGAAGAAACAUGUGCACAACGGAGAGAGCGCUCUGAAGAGGACAGAGCUCCCCCUGGUGUCCCUGCUGCAGAAGUCCUCUUCAGCCCCAGUCACGUGCCACGCCACACGCUUCUACCCCGACAGAGCCAUGCUGUUCUGGACCAAAGACGGAGUGGAGGUGACGGAGGACGUGGACCCUGGAGAGAUCCUGCCCAACGGAGACGGGACCUUCCAGACCAGUGUGUCCCUGGACCUGUCCUCUGUCCCCCCUGAGGACUGGGACAAGUUCAACUGUGUGUUCCAGCUGUCCGGGGUCAAAGACGACUAUGUGACCAGACUGGACCGGACCAAGAUCCUGACCAACGAGAAGAGUCACACAGUUCUCAUCUCUGUUGCGUCUGUUGUUCUCGCUGCUGUUGUCCUCGCUGUGGUGCCUUCGUCUUGUACUGGAGAUUUAGAGACAAACAGCCCUCGCCUCCUCCGAGUGAGAAGGAGGUGCUGCAGGAGUUGAACCCUCAGCCACGGUGACAUUCACUCGGACAAAUCGGACAAAUCAGCGCUCCGUCCUGACGCUUCAUGGGUUUUCUCGCUUUCAUAUGAAAUCCAAACUUUCUCCUUGUUAAAUCUUAUAAAUGUGACAUUAUUGUGUGGCAGAGUGGUUAGCACUGCUCUUGGCUCAGAUCUAGAAUGUGUUUGUGUUCUCCACACCAGGAUCCUGACAGGUUUAACCCAGAGACACUGAAGGAUGGGUCAAAUGCAGAGGACACGUUUCUUUCCUUGGACUUUUCCUGGAGCGGUUGUUUAAAGGCCUCAUUCAUGUUAAAGUUAAACCUGGGGACAGGGCGGGGCAUCAGGUUCUUCAUGAUCUCUGCUCUUUUGCUUUGGGGCUGAUGUGAAAUGUGGAAGAGAUUUGGAAAGAUCGCAGCAAAUUUCAACCCGUGUGUCGUUCGUUUAUUCUUUUUUCAAUAUAAAACCAAAAAUAAGAAAACCAAAAAAAACAACUAUUUUCUUCAUUAUUUGUCUCCAAAACUAAAAUGAGAAAAAAACAGAUAAUGAUUCGUUUUUUCAGUUUUCGAUUUUGUGUUUAAAUGAAAAAUGGAAAAAAUGGAUAAUGGACUUUUGCACCGCAUACGGACUGAACCAGGACUGAACAGUUUUCAGUCCUGGUUUGGUCCCAGUCCAGGUCUCUGUCUGGUCCUGGUCUGGUCCAGGUCUGGUUCCGGUCUCAGUCCCUUUCUGGUUCCAGUCUGGUCUCAGUCCCAGUCUGGUUCUGGUCUCAAUCCCGGUCUCAAUCCCGGUCUGGUUCCAGUCUGAGUCCCGGUCUCGGUCCCGGUCUCGGUUCCGGUCUCAGUCCUGGUCUGGUUCCAGUCUGGUUCUGGUCUCAGUUCCGGUCUCAAUCCCGGCCUGGUUCCAAUCUGGUUCCGGUCUCAGUCCUGGUCCUGGUCCCGCACUCAGUCCCGGUCUCAAAUCACAGACUGGUCCUGAUCUGAUCUCAGUCCUGGUCUCAGUCCUGGUCUCAGUCCUAGUCUCAGUCCUAGUCUGGUUCCGGUCUCAGUCCUGAUCACCUAACAGUCUGUGUAGAUGCACCUCCGGGUCCGUCCCAACACUCAGUCCUGGUUUAGUCCUGGUUUAGUCCUGGUUCAAGUCCUGGUUUAGUCGCGUAAACGGGAAACAGCCGUGAUUCAUUUUUUCAUUUUGGUUUUGGAAACAAAUAAUGAAGAAAAUAGUUGUUUUAUUUCAUUUUCUUAUUUUUGGUUUUAUUUUGAAAAACGAAUGAACAAAUGACACACGUAUUUCCUGAAAAUUUGCUCUUUAAAUCCAUUUUGUUUUAUUUUUUUCUUGAGUUUUCACACCGUUUAAAAUCUUUCUCGACAGUGUUUGCUGAUGUGUGCGUUGUGUCACCACGGUAACCGCUGAACAUUCCACCAUAGACAUCCAUGCGUCAUCAGUCGUCAAUGCUGUUUUUCUCCGUUGUGAAAAAGUUGUGAUUUUCUUUUUUAAUUUAUUUCAAAAUCGUUGUGAUCAGUUUGUGGGUUUUAUUUUAUUCUGGUUUAUUUUUGUGUGAUUUGUUUAAACUUUUGUGAAGGUUCAUUUACUUAUUAACUGUAGACGCUGUUUGAACUCAUCUGUGCAUUUUUGCUUUUCAAUAAAAUGUGUUUGGGUGAAAAA